AUGUCAAGCAUCGAAAAAGCGCUGCGAGCUCUGAGGAAUUAUCCGACGGUCUCGGCUUACAAUAUCAAGGACCUCCCAUAUAGCAAACCGCCUAAAUACCAUGGUCUCCAACGCAAAAAACGGGGCCUUGGUCACCGAGGUAUGAGCCAAUAUCAGGCUUGGCAACCCCUCGGUACUCUCAAGGAGCGGACUCCUUUCUACAUAACUGUUCCCACGGAACCAUACAAUGAGGACCAUUUAUCUCGGCGCUCUCUCAACCGUCUUUCACUUCUCGAUGUUCAGCGCCUGAUCGACCUGGCUCGCAUCGACCCCACGCAGCCAAUUGAUAUGUCGACAAUAUGCAAUACCGGCCUUUUUCGGCUGGAUGCUGAAAAUGAGAGACAUUAUGGAUUUCACUUGACGGAGGAGGGCAUGGAUUCGUUUGUGACGUCAAUUAAUAUCGAGGUGCAGUAUGCUAGUGAAGCGGUUAUUGCUGCCGUCGAGAGGGCUGGAGGGGUCAUCACAACACGCUACUAUGAUUUGCUUUCGGUCCUUGCGAAGUCGGAUCCUUACUCCUUCUUUGAGAAGGGGCUUCCUAUACCACGUGGCAAGAAACCUCCACACGACGCCCUCGAAUACUACACCAACAGCGCGAACCGCGGCUACUUGGCGAGUCCGGAAGACAUUGCAGAUGCUCGGGCCUGGCUUGCCCAAAAGUACGGCUACACUCCAGUCAGCAUUGAUUCCAGCCCUCUCAAAGAUCUUCUCUCAAUUCGAAAGGAGCCUUGGCGUAUAUUCCACGGCCUCGAACCCGGAUGGCUUGUCAGUCUUGCAGACAAGGCAGUUAUCAAGCCGAUCGGUAGCCAGGAGCACGAAGAAUUCUAUAAAACCUAA